AGACGUAUGCCAUUGGUCGUGGGACUGUCCCAAGUGAGAGUGCUCAAGGCUGACACCUCUUCAGUAUCUUUAAAAAAAAUGAAUAACUAAAUGUAUGGAAACAACCGGAUGUUUUAAUAGCGGAUUUUUUAUUUACAAUGUUUUUAUUUUGUAAGUAGUCGUGUUUUAGAGGAAGUUUUAGAUUUCAUAACGAGGUUGAAUUUCGGAUGAUAGUCGCUUGAGUUCGGGGGUUCCAAGAUGAACUUCAAUCUGACGUUCAUCAAAAGUUCGGUGGUGGUGUUCCUGCUGUGCUCUUGGCUGGUGUGCUGUGGGGCAGAGCUGAAUGGCGUGGUGGCGACCCAGUGGUCCGGCGAUGACAGGAACCGGACGCUGCAACACAAAAACUGUGUGGAGAACCAGCAGUACCUCCACCAGGGCCUCUGCUGUCUCAACUGCCAGGCUGGUACAUUCAUGCAGAGGGCGUGCGACCGGGACAUGGAGCAAGGGACGUGCAUGCCCUGCGAACAUGGCUUGUCCUACACAGAACACUCCAACGGGAUGAACCGCUGCCUGCCCUGCACCCACUGUCGCAUGGACCAGAGCCAGACAGUGCCCUGUACCAGUACAGCAGACACCCAGUGCCAGUGUCAAGCGGGCACCUUCUGUGUGCCAGAGCAGGCCUGUGAGGUCUGCAAGAGAUGUGCCAAGUGUAAAGUGGGGGAGGAGGAGGUGAAGAAAUGCACCCCCAUCUCCAACACUGCGUGUAGGAAACGAGACAUCUCCACUACCCUCCACCCGAUUGUCAUCCCCACCCCCGCCCCCAUCUCUGCAGAGACCAUAGUUACGCCAUUGGUCAUUCUGCUCUUGCUCUUCCUCCUCUUCAUCGGGAUUGGUGUGUGGCUUUGGAUCAAGAGGCCAUGUACAUUUCGGCCAGUUUGUCUCUCAGGUUCAGACAGUCGCUGUGACUCCAGUGACAUUGUGAAGAUUGCCAUUGGUGAGAGUGGACCCACAGCAGAGGAGAGACAGAACAGCCAGAAUGCUGGCCUGGAGGGGGAGGGGGGGGAGGAGGUCCGUCCCGAGUCACGUCCCCUGCUGCAGGAGACCCAGGGCGGCCUGAUCAAGGCCUCCCCUCCCCUGGGAUUGGGAGAGGACGAGGACCGGGGCCUGGGCGACAGCCUGCCCAACACCACCAGCUCCUCCCAGACCAGCCUGUCGGCCCUGCCCACCGCCGGGGCAGCCUCGUCGGGCAGCUCCCCCCGACACAGCCCCUCCGCCCAGAGACUGCAGCCCACAGCCAGGGAUGAUCCUCUGCAGAAGAGACUGGUGUCCCUGAUAGGGGAUGAGACGUCCCUGAAGAAGAGCUUUGACCUCUUCGAUGAGUGCCUGGACGUGCGGAUCCACAACAAGUUUUUUCGCUACAUCGGCGUCCAUGACAACCACAUCAAGAUGGCGGAGAGUGCCCCCCCUAGCGACAAGGUGUAUGACCUGCUGAAGAACUGGAUGCAGAAGGAGGGCCUGAAAGCGGACAUCAACUCCCUGCUCCAGGCCCUUCUCAGUCUGGACCAGAGGCGCUCCGCUGAGAGCAUUGCGUUCGCUGCCAUCCAGAAGGGCUACUACAAACAUGCAGACAUGCCCUGACUUCCCCAGCCCACUGGGGGGCGCUGCCUCAGAGACAUGUGUGGAUUGAGAUUAAAUAAAAAAACAUUGAUGAAAGACAACGUCAACUCUUAUCGGCCUACUUGGCCUGAUGUAUUCUGCCUAUAUGCCUGUGCCUCUAAAACAACACCAAUGGAGGAGUUGGAGAUAAACAAUGUUGUCUUUUGAAUAUCUGCCAAUAUGGUCUGGUGUAUUUGGCCUAAAGGCCCGUGCUUUCUGAAACAAAAUGUAAAAAAACAAAAUGGAGGAUUUGGGGAUAAACCUUGUUUUCUUUUGAAGAUAGCAUUAUUGGCCUGGUGUGUCCGGUCUUCAUGGUGUUCUAAAACAAAAACAGAAAAUGGGAGAAGAGUUGGAUGUUGUUGAUGGAUGUUGAUGUUUUCCAGUGGGUGGGUCUGGAGCUCAGCUUUGAACUCCAUGAUUUUACGCCCCACCCCUUCUCUCUGAGCGACUGACAUGGCUUAUAGGCCAAUACCGAACCCUGGGACAGGGACAUACACUGGUUUGUAGGAGUGGCAUUAGCUUGUGCGUUCCUAUGCCCAGGCGUUGCUGACGCCUGCCAGAUAUUACAAUGCCUGGAUAGGUAUUUUAAGUAUCAGCAAAUCACAACAUAUGUUAUACCAAUCUGUCAGUCGAUGACACAGUUGAUGGCGUGGCACGCAACCAUUGGUUGGUGCAUGUAAUGUCUGAGCAAGGGAACGCAACCACUAUGUCACUGAUACUGCGUCUACUUGAUGUACUGGCCUCUGGCACGUGUAGGGUUUAGAGAUACAGGUAACAAAUGCCCAUAUUAGGCAGAAGGUUAUAUGUUUGAAGUACAGGUAGAGAUAGGCCAUUUAAGCAUAAUGCUGUUAAAAAUUACAGUAAAAUACAGACCAUAUUGUACUAUGUUAGUUUAAAAUGCAGGUUGGUAUGAGUCAUGACCAUAUUAGAAGUAUUUUAGCCAAAGUUAGAUAUGGUCCAUUUGAAUAUUUGUGUGUAAAUAGUCCAUUACUGUUACUGUUUUGUUUUUUGAAGUUUCAGAAUUCGUUUAUGAUUUAAAACGUGCCAGAGGCUCAUUUAAAGUGUAUAAGUGCAGGCAAGGGCGAAGAUUAUUUCUAAACUGAAUGUUUUAUAGACUGCGUUUUUAGUUAUUUCGUUUUCAGUGUUGAUGCGUUCUCACACAGCACUUGUUGGAAGGAGUUUCCGUAACUAUUUCUUUUGUUAGUCAAAUGUUUCUCAAACAUUUCCCACAAACACUCAGAGCCCUCAAGGUUUCAUAGCUGUUUUAUUUAUUGACAUAUUUAUUUAAAACGGAUAAUUACGUUUCAUUAUUUAUUCGAUUACCAACACAGCAACCCUGGAAAACUAAAGAGGGCAGUAAUGUGUUGCUACGUUAUCAUGACUACAUUUAUCUAGAGGGCAACAUGACUGAGAUCAAAUAGACAGACAGGAGUGGCUGACCUGCAUUUGGGGUCCUGUCCUGCUCGAUGGCGCCCCACUGAUCAAAGACUAUGUUCAGUCAGUGCACAUACUGUCAAAGAAGUUCAUAGUUACAGUAUAUAUGCCAUUUCUGGACAUUAUUCAGUCAAGGUGGUCAUCAUAAGGUCACUUUUGUAAUUAUGCUUAACUCAACAUUUGUGGACUAUUGAAAACCGUUUUUCUCUCUGCCUGAUUCACACUGUACUUUUCACAUUGUCCAGUAUAGCUCUGCUCGGGUUUGUCUCAGUAGUGUGAAAAGGGUAAUAAUGUAUUGAUAAAAAGUUGGACUCCUUUAUACAUGUCAACAAAGACAUGAAUAUACAGGUACGCAAAGCACGUUGUUUCUCAUUGUUUGGCUCUGUCAAGAAGAUGAAGGAAAGCUUUUCUGGGUAUUUAAAUCCAAGUUCUUUUUUAUUUUCGGAAAAGUCCAAGUUUAUUUCCUGUAGCAUCCUUUGUACAUACAUUACCAAGAGUGGUUUUAUGUGCUUCACAUUAUAUAUAUAUAUAUAUAUAUAUAUAUAUAGAGAGAGAGAGAGUUUUAUUAACAAAAAAGAAAAGCCUUAAAGGAAUACUACUAUAUGAUUACUAAGUAUGAGCACAUUAAACUUGGUUUAGCCCCUUUUUCCCUCUAGUCUAGUGGCUACACUUAUGUAAAAGAGCGAAGAAUCCUUUUUAAUUUUUUUUUUUAAAGCUGACAGAUUUGAAGCUACAGUGCUGGCACUGCCAUCUAUUGACGGACAAUGAAAAAACAGCCUGCAUCAAUUUCUAUGGACCUUUAUUUUUUCUAAUUCUUCUUAAUGCUUUUCUACCAACAUUUUUUAACACACCUCUUCCAUUAUAAUAUUACCUUUGAGACGGCUUUUGGCUCUUUUUUUCAUGAACUUUUAGGAGUUAGGAUUAUACAUUGGCGUUCAUAUCAUGUUUGCGCUGUGGCGGUCUCACACCUCACUUCUGUUUAUUUAGUUGCAUAGCUCAAAAAACAUUUUCUCCCUUCGAUAAUUGUUUGCUAGUGUCUGGAUUUCAGAUAAGAAUGUGUCAAAGCCAUUGUGUUUGUUUAAUGUCCGUUUGAAAUAAACAUUUUGUACAAAUAUCCCA